CGACCAUAGAAUUGAUAGGGUUGCGAAGGCCAAUACAUCUCUUUGUUCUCUCUGUGACUUUAUUAGUUAUACUAUAAAUAUGACAUGCAACCUACAGAAGAGUACGAGUCGACCAAAAUGACAGAUAAACAGACAUACAAAUUACCUUCUAAUGUAACCUUGACUUGUGUAAAGAAAAUAGUUUCAUGUUCAUUUUAAGUGCGUCUUUAAAAUGAUUCAAAUAGUUUUUUUUUGAAAUCAGAUAUUUUUCAUAACCAUGAAAUAGAAUAUACAUACAUAUUAUAUACUUUUUUCUAUAUAAUAUCUAAAUGAAUAUCAUUUAUAAAAUAUAAAUGAAAUAUUUUCUAUGAUAAUAGUAAUGUUUAUAAUGAUAAAUUCAUAUAUUUAAUUGACUAAAUUGUUUUAUUUUGAUAUAGUCUUUUAGAAUAUGUAUCCAUACAUAUCUUACGCCAUCCGAUUGAAAAUAUUUGUAUAAAUUUAAUGUCAACUCAUAAGUAAUAUUAUCUUGUUUUAAUCUACCAGUACAUAUUCAAACGAUUAAAUGUCAACUAAAUAGGUGGGUGAUGUCAUGUUAAUCCUUUUUUUUCUUAUCUCAAAUAACAAAAACGAAUCAUUUUGAUAAAUAUUAUCGUUAUAAUGUUCGUUUUCAUAUACUUUAUUUUUAUUUGUAAUUUUCAUUAUAUUUUUUCUUGUGGAUGUUAUGGAUCAAAUAGUUGUACUACAAAUGGAAUUCUUUGCAGUCCUCAUGAAUUAAAUAAUUCAUGUUUAUGCGACUGUUGUCCACCGUGUAAUACUUGUGAACAAUUUUUUCAAUCGAAUUGCUUAUCUCAUCUAUAUAGUAAACAUUACGGUCUAUCAACAAAUCAAUCUGAUUUAAUAGCUAAAAUAAAUCAAUCAAAUAUUUCUUAUGAUAUAAUUGAUAAAAUUAAUGAUGAACAUGUUCGUUAUCUUUGGAAUUCUUGUUUACGUCGAUCACUUCCUAAUGGUAUUUAUUUAAUAAAUGAUAAUGAGGGAAGAUAUAAACUAGUUGGUAUACCAAGAGAAAAACUAGAAAAAACUUCUUUCGAAAUAUUAUUUAAAGGUCCAGUUAGUUUACUAAUAUUAAUCGAUUUUACAAUAACUAUUAUUUGA